CCUCUCGACGAAUACACAUACAGAACCGUUGACAGAAUACUGCCGCAACAGGGAAUUGCUAUGUCGAUGUGGGUGUAAACUACAACAGCGAAUAUUUGCAGAAUCGCCAGGUUGGAUUGCAGUUAUCCUAUUAGUGAUUCAUGGUGACCACUAUCGACCACUAAGGUUGUAACCAACAUUGAAAUAAGGAAAGUCUGAGCUUCUGCGGUCUGAGCCGUCUGAGCGGUCAGAGUGGUCUGUAGCAGUGCUUUUAGGUGAUAUUGCGUGUACCCAUUAAUGACAGUGGAAAUAUGACAUCGCAGCUGUCAGAUGAAGAAUUUCGAAGACUACAAACACAACUUAUUGAGCUAAGAACUGCUAACUAUGGGUUAGAGGAACAGUGCACAAAAUAUAGAAGUGAUAAUCAGGCUUUGUCUUCAAAACUUGGAGCUCUAGAGAGAGAAUACCAGAAAGCGCAGAAAUCUAUUGACAAAAGUAAGAAAGCGAAAGACAUAGAUCUACUUCUGAAUGAAAAUGAAAACCUUCAGGCAAAACUUGAAGCUCAGGAAGAUGACUUCCGCCUGCAAAAUGAGACCUUGCUUCGGGAACUUUCUUCUUUAACUGAAACAAAUGAUAAACUUCAACAUGAGUUAGCUGUAUUGAGAACAUUAAAUGAUGCAGCUAAUGCCACAGGAAAUUCAGCAGAAUUGGAGAGAGAGGGUCAUCACUUACAAGUGGAGAAGACAGGGUUGACAAGUAUUCUAGUUAGGGAACAUAGAAAGGCAGAGAUAAAACUUGAGGAACUGAGAGAAAUUAUCCAGUCAUUCAGUAUUGCAGGCUGCCAACAGAAAGAAGCAGGUGCAGAACAGGGUAACAGUGUACCAAGUAGUGAAGGAGAUUUUGUUCAAGUAGAUGAAACAGAUGUUGCUUAUCAGAAGCAAGGAACAAAACAGACAGAUCUUUUAAAAGAAGCUGAACAGACACUUCAGUAUUUGGAAGCAUACCAAAAGAACAUAGGGGGAUUGUUGACUCAUUUUGAAGCUGAGAAAGAGGAGAAAAAGCAAGUUCAAUCUGAAGUGAAACAACUGCAGAAUAAAUUACAUAGAAAACAAGAGUCCCUUUCGCAAUUGCAAGAAGAAAGAGAGAAGUUAUACAUAGAAAGCAGGUAGAUACAGCAAAUUAUU